ACCCGCGGUGUGCAGUACCUGAUGUCGCCUGCGGAGGGCGCUGGAUGAGGACGGGUAGUUAUACGCCGUGUAUGGAGCGUUUAUUGGUUCUCAUGUCCCCUCAUGAGUGUCUGCGUGUCAUCAGGGUUACCUGAGAUUCUGCUGGCGGAGUAUUGGCAGCAUGCCCUUACCCAAGAUGGCGGACCGACAGUGUUACCUCACAGACAAGUGCCAGGUGAUGACGUCUUACUGAGUAGCCGGUGCUCUGAGGCGGUGUGAUCGGAAUUAUGACGGACCCCCAGGUGGUGACGGAGGUUCCUGCCGUGUUGAAGCGCCUGGCAAAGUAUGUGGUACGCGGCUUCUAUGGGCUGGAGCACGCUCUGGCGCUGGACAUCCUCAUCCGCAACCCCUGUGUGAAGGAGGAAGACAUGCUGGAGCUGCUGAAGUUUGACCGUAAGCAGCUUCGGGCCGUACUCAACACGUUGAAGGGAGACAAGUUCAUCAAAUGCCGGAUGCGGGUGGAGACCGCCCUGGACGGGAAGACCACCAGGCACAACUAUUACUUCAUCAACUAUAAACUGCUGGUCAAUGUGGUAAAGUACAAGCUGGACCACAUGAGGCGGCGGAUUGAGACGGACGAGAGGGACUCCACCAACCGGGCGUCUUUCAAGUGUCCCAACUGUUGCAGCACCUUCACCGACUUGGAGGCCAACCAGCUGUUUGAUCCCAUGACCGGUACUUUUCGCUGCACAUUCUGCCAGACUGAAGUGGAAGAGGACGAAUCUGCGAUGCCCAAGAAGGACGCCCGGACUCUGGUCGCCCGGUUUAACGAGCAGAUUGAGCCUAUAUACGCCUUGCUCCGAGACACUGAAGACAUCAACUUGGCUUAUGAAAUCCUGGAACCAGAACCCACGGAGAUCCCGUCUCUGAGACAGAGCAAGGAACGAGCAGCAGCCACAGCGGCCGCCGCCCACCGGGAAGCCUGGUCAAAGGGUCCCUCGUAUGAGGAUAUGUACACCCAGGAUGUGGUCAUCAGCAUGGAGGAGCAGGAGGACCUGCAGCGGUCGGCCACGGAGGGGAAGCCGGUCAGGGAGAGGCCUAUUUGGCUGAGAGAGAGCACCGUGCAGGGCGUGAGCUACAGCGAAUCCGCCGAUAUCAAAGAUGGACUGGACACGGAACCUUUCCCCGAUCUUGACGAGAGACGCCCAGUGGCCGAUGAGAAUGAAGAAGUCAUGCAGGCCCUCCUCAUUCACGAGAAGAAGAGCGCGGCUGCCGCAGUGGGCGCCUCUGCCGCUCCCGCCUCCAACGUGGGUGCAGGCAGCGAUUCGGACAGCGACACCAGUGAAUCGGACCAGGACAGCCCCGCCCCCCGCCAUCCAUUCGGAACAGCUUCCCAUUUCUUUGAAGAUGAAGAUGAUGAUGAAUUCGAAGAGGUGUCUGCAGCCCCUGCGGUCACUGUCAACGGGCGAUCCUACCUGUACACCGAGGUGAGCCAGCGGCCGGAGCUGGUGGCGCAGAUGACCCCGCAGGAGAAAGAAGCGUACAUUGCCAUGGGGCAGAAGGUGUUUGAGGACCUGUAUGACUGACGUUCUCCAGCCAGGACCUCAUCAGCGCCUCGCAGCAAGGUGCCCGACAGGAACGGGUUCUCUGAGGCUACUUGGUGCCUCCAAGUAAUACAGAGAAACGUUACCUCCAGCCAUCUCCUGCGCCACGGUGGGUCCUCUAUAUCUAAUUAACAUUGUGACGGUUGUAGCGUUCUCCAUGAUUCCACCGCCCUCCUGGGAGAAUGGGAGUGCGUCCCCCAUCUGUCAGUGCCUAUGGAUGUGUACAGAGCGAUGACGCUGUAUAUUUGGUUUCUAUUUGUUUUUAGAGCACAGGAUGUAUUUUUAGAAAUUUUAACUCCAAAAGAAUUUUAUUCACAUCGGACAAGUCACUAAUAGCCAUUGACUUGCCAGCAGAGAACCCACAGCGGUGACACCCUGACAGGCGGAGACCCGCAGUGGUGAGUGUGAGAGACACCCUGACAGGCGGAGACCCGCAGUGGUGAGUGUAAGAGAGACACCCUGACAGGCGGAGACCCGCAGUGGUGAGUGUAAGAGAGACACCCUGACAGGCGGAGACCCGCAGUGGUGAGUGUAAGAGAGACACCCUGACAGGCGGAGACCCGCAGUGGUGAGUGUGAGAGACACUGUGACAGGCGGAGACCCGCAGUGGUGAGUGUGAGAGACACUGUGACAGGCGGAGACCCGCAAUGGUGAGUGUGAGAGACACCCUGACAGGCGGAGACCCACAAUGGUGAGUGUAAGAGACACCCUGACAGGCGGAGACCCGCAGUCGUGAGUGUGAGAGACACCCUGACAGGCGGAGACCCGCAGUGGUGAGUGUGAGAGACACCCUGACAGGCGGAGACCCUCAGUGGUGAGUGUGAGAGACACCCUGACAGGCGGAGACCCGUAGUGGUGAGUGUAAGAGAGACACCCUGACAGGCGGAGACCCGCAGUGGUGAGUGUGAGAGACACCCUGACAGGCGGAGACCCACAGUGGUGAGUGUGAGAGACACCCUGACAGGCGGAGACCCUCAGUGGUGAGUGUGAGAGACACCCUGACAGGCGGAGACCCGUAGUGGUGAGUGUGAGAGACACUGUGACAGGCGGAGACCCACAAUGGUGAGUGUAAGAGACACCCUGACAGGCGGAGACCCGCAGUCGUGAGUGUGAGAGACACCCUGACAGGCGGAGACCCGCAGUGGUGAGUGUGAGAGACACCCUGACAGGCGGAGACACGCAGUGGUGAGUGUGAGAGACACUGUGACAGGCGGAGACCCGCAGUGCUGAGUGUGAGAGACACCCUGACAGGCGGAGACCCGCAGUGGUGAGUGUGAGAGACACCCUGACAGGCGGAGACCCGCAGUGGUGAGUGUGAGAGACACCCUGACAGGCGGAGACCCGCAGUGGUGAGUGUGAGAGACACCCUGACAGGCGGAGACCCACAGUGGUGAGUGUAAGAGAGACACCCUGACAGGCGGAGACCCGCAGUGGUGAGUGUGAGAGACACCCUGACAGGCGGAGACCCGCAGUGGUGAGUGUGAGAGACACCCUGACAGGCGGAGACCCGCAGUGGUGAGUGUGAGAGACACCCUGACAGGCGGAGACCCGCAGUGGUGAGUGUAAGAGAGACACCCUGACAGGCGGAGACCCGCAGUGGUGAGUGUGAGAGACACCCUGACAGGCGGAGACCCGCAGUGGUGAGUGUGAGAGACACCCUGACAGGCGGAGACCCGCAGUGGUGAGUGUGAGAGACACCCUGACAGGCGGAGACCCGCAGUGGUGAGUGUGAGAGACACCCUGACAGGCGGAGACCCGCAGUGGUGAGUGUGAGAGACACCCUGACAGGCGGAGACCCGCAGUGGUGAGUGUGAGAGACACCCUGACAGGCGGAGACACCAUAGUGGUGAGUGUGAGAGACACCCUGACAGGCGGAGACCCGCAGUGGUGAGUGUGAGAGACACCCUGACAGGCGGAGACCCACAGUGGUGAGUGUAAGAGAGACACCCUGACAGGCGGAGACCCGCAGUGGUGAGUGUGAGAGACACCCUGACAGGCGGAGACCCCAUAGUGGUCGGUAUAGGAGAUACACUGACUGUAUACACAGUACCCUGGCUAUGGGCUAUGUCCUACUAGUAACAGUAUUAAUGCCCUAAUGUUCCUCCUCUUCUGCCCCCGCCACUGCCUGAGGCAUUAUUAGUGCUUUCCGCUCUCAUAUCACUUAGAUCUCCUGGAUGACGCUUUUGUCUUGUAUAGUCACUCCCUAUUGUGCGGCGUCCUACCUGCGCUCUCCCGUCGGCCUACACGCCUCGCAGUUCUGCUUCCAUUACUGCUGUUACCUGUUCUGUGCUUUGUGUUUUACAUGUGUUUUAUUGUUCUUUUUUGUAAUAAAGUGUUUUGUAUGAA